AUGGGGUCUGAGGUGGUUAGAAGAAACCUUUACCUAACAAAUGAAACUACCAAUUCUUCUCUUGUGUUCAUUGACUACGCAGUGCCAAGGGAGGAGGCAGAUAAGAAGUGUUCUUUCUAUGGCUUCAAGACGCCAGACACCAAGACAACAGAGCACGAUAUUAGUUAUAUCAUGCAGUCCAAAGAAACCGUAUGGACGUUUACUGAUGAAGACAGAUAUGUUUUAAUAGGACAUCGUCAAUGGCUUUCAAUCAGGGGAUGUCAUCAUAUAAACCUGACACACAAUGGUCAACUACACCACAACUGCAAUCUUGUUUUUGAUUCACUGGACAGCAUGAUGAGUUCAUAUAUUGGAAUACAUAAAACUUCUUGUUACCUAAUACCAGAAAAUAUAAAAGAAUUUGAGAAAACGCAGCUCCCAGAAUCACUGUGUGGUUGGCGAUGUACUGAUGUGAUUGAGACUUCAUGUGGCGGAACAGAGGCAAUAUCACUGUACAAAGUCAUAGAAGUGACUUACAAAACUUUUUCGGGGUUUAAACCACCCCAUGAGGAACAAUGCAAUGCUUUAUAUCUAGCUGAUGUUGAACUGCCUUAUCAAAGAAUUGCCUGCCAAAACACUUCAACCUGCACAACUCUGUGUUUACAAAAGUAA